AUGUCUUCCACUGUAACCGUUGAUCGUACAUCAAACUUGACCGUUCACGAGGCACCUAACAAGGACUCCGACAAUGUCAAACAGGAGAACCUGUCAGGACGCAAUUACAUCCGCUGGGACUCUGAAGGCGUAGAGAAGAUAGCCGACGAUGAAGAAGACGAUAUCAAGGCUGUCGCUGAACAGAUCAAUCUCAUUCAGAAGGCCCAAUGGAACGUCCAUCGCCAUUGCUACAGUGGCACCCAUGCCCGUACCCACGGAAUCGUCAAGGGCUCAUUCGUCGUUCCUGAUGGUCUGCCAAAGCACCUGAGACAAGGCGAGCUCUUCUCAAAGGGUGGAGAGUAUCCCAUCGUUGCAAGAUAUAGCACUGAGCCUGGUGACCCCGGCCUUGACGAUCGUAUCCCCGUACCUAGAGGCUUUGCUAUGAAGCUGUUUGGAGUCCAAGGAGACAUGUAUGAGGACUAUCCAACUCAAGACAUAGAGUUCAACAGCACGCCAGCCCUCGAUCUAGCCACCGCCAAAGUGACUCGCGAGAUCAUCGACCUGCGUAUCAAGUAUGGUCAUGACCAGGAAGAGCUACGUAAGCAUCUGGAGAAGCGCGACGACACUGAACUGCAGACUGCUCGCGACAAGGUCCGCAACACCCAUCUCGAGAGCACCCGUCAAUACUCACAAACCGCAUACCGCUUCGGCGACUAUGUCAUGAAGUACUGCCUGGUACCAUCCAGCGAGACCCAACGAAGGCUUUACGACGAGACCGUUCGCCCCGAAGACGGCUCCGACAUCCUCCACCGCUGGCUCCAAAACUUCCACGCCGAACACGAUGCAGAAUACCUCUUCCAAGUCCAGCUAUGCGAGAACCUCGAAGACCAACCCGUCGAAUACGCCGGAAAGGUCUGGGAUCCUGAAAAGUACCCCUGGCAGACCGUGGCUACCGUCAAAAUCCCCAAGCAAGAGAGUUUCGACUAUGAGAGAAAGACUUUCUGGGAGGAUCAUAUGAGAGUUGACCCUUGGCAUGGUCUGAAGGCUUAUCAGCCACUCGGAUCGCCAAACAGACUGCGGAGGGUUGUUUACCCUGCAUCGAGUGCGCUUCGACGCAAGAUGAAUGGCAGAAAGGAGGUCCAUGUUACUAGUGUGGAUGAUAUCCCCAACUGA